AAUGAUAAAUUUCUUUGGAUAAAUUAUUAGAAAGUUUUGGCUUGAAUUUAGAGAAACUUUGUGCAAUCGAAUGUACUAAUAGAAAAUAAAAGUUGGUAGGAAAGGUGUAUGUGCUCGAUAUAAUUGAUAUUUAUACUAUCAAUAGAUAUGUUAUCCCAAAAAUUAAAAUGCAUCUCAAAGUAUUCCUUGAUAGCAGGAACUUUGGUGACUACAACUUAUAGUCUCCAUGAAAAUAGCUACGAUAUAAACUCUAUAGGUAUUGUUAGAUUGACAAGAGCAGCAGUAACUGUUUUUAAAAUUGGAACAACUUACAAAAAUGAGUUAUAUGGAUCUGGUCUUGAGAAAGGAAGUCCCCAAUAUAAUAAACUUAAAUCUGAUAUACAUAAAAAAAGUGCUGAAAAACUUUUAGAACUAUGUUGUACCAAUAAAGGAGUUUAUAUUAAAGUUGGUCAGCACAUUGCCACAUUAGAUUAUAUUUUACCUAGUGAGUUCGUCAAAACAAUGAAAGUUUUGUAUAGCCAUGCUCCGAAAAAUGACCUGAAGGAUGUCUACAAAGUAUUGAAGCAAGAUUUGAAGAAAAAUCCUGAGGAAAUUUUCGAGUCAUUUGAUCCUGAGCCUUUAGGAACAGCUUCUUUGGCUCAAGUUCACAAGGCGGUCUUGAAAGAUGGGAGAUGUGUUGCAGUCAAAGUACAACAUCCUUAUGUUCAAGGAAAUGCUAAAGUUGACCUGAAAACAAUGGAGUAUUUGGUGAAACUAAUGAGUUAUGCGUUCCCGGAAUUCAGAUUCCAGUGGUUGGUGGAUGAGACAAAAAAAAAUAUACCUCAAGAACUGAAUUUCGAACAGGAAGGAAAAAACGCAGAAAAAAUUGAUAGUCUCUUCAAAAAUACUGAGUGGUUACGUGUUCCAAGAAUUCUCUGGGAACUGACCACUUCAAGAGUUUUAACAAUGGAAUUUGUAGAAGGGGGUCAAGUAAACGACUUGGAUUACAUACAUAAAAAUAAGAUUGAUCCUUACGACAUCACAGAUAAGCUUGGAAAAUUGUAUUCACAAAUGAUCUUCAAGCAUGGGUUUGUGCACAGUGAUCCGCAUCCUGGGAAUAUAUUGAUAUCCAAAUCAGAGAGAGGUGACUGCAAUUUGACUCUUCUAGACCAUGGUUUAUAUGCGGUUCUGAGUGACGAAUUUCGAUAUAACUAUGCAAAUUUUUGGUUGAGUAUUCUCGAUAGAAAUAGGCACACUAUGAGGUUGCAUAGUAAGCAGUUGGGAAUCGAUGGAGACCUUUAUGGAAUGUUUGCUUGUAUGGUGACCGGUCGGUCUUGGGAGAGCAUCAAUAGAGGAAUAGUAACAGAUGGAGUUCCUUCUAAAGGAGAAAUGGAUUUCGUGAAACAAAAUUUAUCGUUGAUUCUACCUCAAAUGUCCACCGUUCUAGACAGUGUGAAUAGGCAGAUGAUUUUGAUUUUCAAAACUAACGACCUGAUUAGGGGUAUUGAGCAUACUUUGAAAACAUCAAAGAAAAUGAGGGCCUUCAAAGUGAUGUCCGAAUGUUGUGUGAACUCUGUGUAUGACCAGAAGAAAGUGAAUUGUUCUUCUAGGUUGGAAAAAUUGAAGAUUCAACUAGCACAAUUCUGGGCGCUAUUGAGAUUGAAAGUGUACUACACAUACCUCCAACUUUCGAAUUUUAAUCUGAGAUUAUCUUUACAUUGAUGUUUUUUUAAUUGUCAAAAUAUAUUGUGUUCAAAGGUUUCAUGAAUAUUAUAUUACAAUUAUAUUUAUAUCUAUAGAGAAUUUAAUUCUGAAAUUGUUGACUUUAUUUUUUUAAUUAUUUAUUGAUAUUUUUAUUCAAAAAUAUACUGCGUGUGCAUAUUGUUGAUCAAUAAAGAAACAUCAUAAGUUAAAA